AUGUCAAACUCAACCACUCACUGCCCUCUGCUCGACCUUCCCGUCGAAUUACGGCUGCAGAUCUUCGGCUAUCUCUUCGAAGAUCACAAAGAUCACUUCGACCCGGAGAAGAUGGGGGGCACGUGGUUCUAUCCCCACGGCAUAAUGCGGCUACGAAUCUAUGCGGACACCACCUUAGGGCCAGCAUGGCCAAGCCAUCGGCCAGGUAUAUUGCUGUCUUGCAAGCAACUGCGUCGCGAAACAAUGGACGUUCUAUACGACAAGACAUUGUUCUUUUACUUCAUGAAUCGACCAGAGCGGGAACUACGCUGUCGUGGUACGUUUCUGGACGGUGGAGUCCAGCAUCUCGAACUCCAUGUUCAAGUAUACCACACGCGAGAGUUGGAGUAUGCCAUUAGCCAACUGAUAUCCAUCUUUGAGGUCGUGCCUCCAGAGAGAAAGCGCACCGGUCUUCGGUUCACGCUUUACGCAUUCAACAACUAUGAAGGCAUACGGCGAGACAAGUCGUUCCCGUCUGAGGCUUCAGAUCAAGCGUGGCUGGCUCUCAGCAGGCUGUUGAGGUUGGAAUUCGGAUGCGUUCCGAAGUUUACACUCGACAAGUCGUGGCAACGUGGGUUAGGAGCAGCGCGGGUGGAGCAGUUGAAGCAAAAGGCAGAGGUCGUGACUCUGCCCAUACGUAAAGAUUGA